AUGAUCAGUGCUUCCACGUCUAGUGGCCUGCGAACGGCCUUCUCCUACUGCGUACAGCAAGUACGAAAUUAUGACUACCAUCACUAUCUUUGCCUUCUUGAACUUCCGCCCAACAUGAGGAAGGCUGCUUUUGCACUCCGUGCUUUUAAUGUUGAAACGUCCAGAGCUAUGGAUGUUGCUUCCAAUCCUAAAAUAGGUCUUAUGCGCCUUCUAUGGUGGAAAGAAGCAAUUGACCAGAUAUUUUCGAAUAAAUUAAUCGAGCAUCCUGUAACUCGGGCACUUGCAUCUUUGGAACGUUAUGCUGAGGACACUGCGUCGACUAUCCUGUACUCGACACUUCAGUCAGGUGGUAUUACAUCUACCGUAGCAGAUCAUGCUGCGUUGCAUAUUGGCAAGGCCAGUGGCCUCUUAUUGCUCCUCAAGUCUCUAUCAUACCAUGCUAGCAAAAACUGUCAUUUUCCUUACAUACCUAUUGAGGUGGCAGAAAAACAUGGGUUGUUGGUAAAUCAUGGUGGACAGCGGGAAAUUCGUGUGGAUUCUCGUGAGAGUCUAUGCAAUGCAGUAUUUGAAAUGGCGUCCGUAGCUAAUGCUCAUUUGCAGAAAGCUCGGGAAUUAAGUGGAACAGCUCCAACUGAAGCUCGUCCAGUGCUGUUGCCGGCUGUGACUGCUGAAGUUAUUCUGGACACAUUAAGUCGUGUUCAGUUUGACGUGUUUGAUCCGAGGUUGAAACGAGGAAUUUUAGGGACUCCUCCUUUGUGGUUCCAGUUGAAACUGAAGUGGUAUUCGUGGAGAGGAAAAUACUGA